AUGGCGAAUGAGACGGCGUUGCGAGGUGGUUGCGUGGCGCCCUUUUACGAUGUCUCUGCUUUUCCACAGGAUGGUGGCUUCUCGGUCAUGAUGAUAGCACUGGGCUUCACCAUACCGCUCGCGGCGCAACCGGAACAAUGCUAUGACCAGAUCACACCAAACGACAUGUACUCUUCGACCGAGUGUGCGUGGAGCGGAGCAUUCAUCGUAGCUGGUGGGCUUUCCGCAACCAUGUGGAUCUUCAUUCGAGCACUAUCGAUGAACCUACAGAUCUGUUUCGAUAUCGUCCCCGGAAAGAAGUUCUUCUACAUUUCGCAGGCGCUGGGCUGGGGCAUACCAGCAGUACUUUUCACGGCCACAAUGACCGUGACGGGCGUGAGCUUUCGAUUCGGCUCUGCUUGUCACGUCAACCACGAGACCUCAAUGCAGGAUUUUUGGGGACCUUUGUUGGGCUUCGCCGGUGCGGCUGGUAUACUGCAGCUUGCGACUUUCGGAUACUGCAUCAAUGUGUACCUCAAGAAUCUGUGGCGCGACCAAGCGCAAGGUUCCACCCACGGAUCAAGCUCUGGGCUUCCAUCCUUCAAUGGCAGCGUACGCACACAGACCGCGCGAGCUGUUUAUCAGCGUCUCAAGAAAGUACUUUGGUUACAAUGGCGAGGUAUCUGCAUCGUCACUAUCAUUUUGGUCGAUGUAGUCUUCUUCUCGAUCGUCUUCGUGGAUUUGGACAGCCUGCAGGCUCAGCUCACGCAUGACUUCGCCAAGGUCGAGCCCUGGCUAGAGUGCCUAGCAUUCAGCCCGACAGAUAAGGAACCGUGCUUACAUUUGGUCAGCGACUGGCUGGUUAACGAGCCUACAGUCAUCGCCGUCCUGCUCCUGCUAUCUUUGACGGGACUCCAGGUCUUCCUAUUCUUGAUCCGUCCAUCGGUCAUCACAGGAUGGGGCGAGUUCAUACGCAACAAGUUCUCUGGUGAAAGGCAGGAAUUUGUCAGUCUUGAUGCCCGACAAGACAACAUGCGAGCAACGCCACAGCCUGGAGCCGAAGCGCCGAAAUACGACCACGUCCGUGGCCACCAAAGUACAGUCUUCGAGAUGCAGAAGCCUCAACUGAAGGCAUUGAACAUAGAUCUGGGCUCGAAGUCACCCUCGACUGUUUUAUCGAGCCCCGAUGAAUCAUAUCGGAGUCCACUGAAGUAUGGCGAGAGUACUACCAACGUAAAUGAGGGACGAAGCAUAUCGCCGCCACUCGGAGGCUAUGUAAAGGGAGUGAUGCCGCCAGAAUACUUCGGGAGUGUGACACCGGAUGUCUCGCAAGCCUUCAAUGCUCCGUCGCCACCUCCGGUCUCAUACCAGGGCGCUAGUGUACAACAAAAACAACCGCAGGACUACUUCGAACAGCAUCAAAGAAGAGGGUAUCAUCGCCAAACGUCUACCGAAUCUGUAGGAUACCAGAACAGAGGUGACGGGUUCACACCAGCUUCGACAACGCACCAGCGGGCUACUAGCCAGGACAGGCAGUAUAAUGCGCCGACGAAUUCGUUCUCGGGACCAAAGACGCCUUCGCGGCAGUCGAGUACGAGAUCGACGCUGUACGAACGAGAUACAAGGGAGAUGUAUAGUAGAGGCGGUCUGGCAUUGAAUCCUCCGUCGGAGAUUGGCGAGUCGGAAGAAGAUCUUUCGCUCGAACGACGACCUUUGAGCAUGCCUCGAUCAUGA